AUGGCCCUUCUAACAUUUUUCUUAUCCCCAUGGAUAGUCUGUACAAUUCCAGUAUGGUUCAUCCUUUACUACACAAUUCCAUACUUCACGACCUACAAAUCCCUGUCUCAAAUCCCAGGUCCAUUCUGGGCCAGAUUUAGCAAUAUCUGGGUUGGACUUAGCGCACGCCGAGGAAAGAAAUUCGCAGCCGUUGACACCGCACACCGGACAUAUGGCAAGGUCGUACGUAUUGGGUUCAACCAUGUUUCCAUUGCGGACGAACGGGCGCUGAAUGUCGUCUAUGGGCAUGGGAAUGGAUUUCUGAAGGACCACUACUAUGAAGCGUUCAUCGCGCGCACCCCAGGUAUGUUCAACGUCCGCGAUCGCGCAGAACAUACGCGCAAACGCAAAAUUAUCUCGCAUGCUUUUUCACCCAAAUCCGUUGCUGCUUUUGAACCUCACAUGGCCGCCAAUCUGCAGCGAUGGGUGAACCAGCUCGACCGCAUCGCAGCAACCUCAAGUCCACAGCCUCAGCUUGGGGGCACGGGCAACAGCAGGAAUUUCGGCCACUUCAAUGCCAUGCCUUGGUUUAGUUAUCUCGCCUUCGACAUCAUCGGCGACUUGGCAUUUGGAUCUCCUUUCGGAAUGGUAAAUAAAGGCAAAGACGAGACCGAAGUCCAAUUGAUACCCGGCGGCCCACUUUCAACCGCACCUGCCGUUGAUGUACUAAACCGUCGAGGAGAAGUGUCUUCUACAUUAGGUCUUCUCCCGGCCCUACGCCCCUAUGCACGAUACCUGCCAGACCCGUUCUUCUCCAAGGGCGUCGCAGCAGUUGAAAAUCUAACUGGAAUUGCCGUUGCGGCCGUUUCCUCUCGGAUAGAUGCAGCAGAGAAGGGAGUUGUGGAUACACGGAACGAUAUCCUGUCUCGCUUGCUGCAGGCAAAGGACAGCAACGGGCGUCCGAUGGGCCGGACGGAGCUUACAUCGGAAGCUUUGACACAGCUGAUUGCUGGUUCGGACACGAUAUCGAACACAGCCUGUGCAGUGUUCUAUUGGAUCCUGCACGGCGAGCGCUGUGCACCGGGGAGUAUCCUUCCUCGACUGCGAGAGGAGCUUGAUUCCACUAUUGGCGAAAGAGAGACAGAAAUUGCGUCGUACAGCCAGGUGAAAGACCUGCCAUUCUUGCGCCGCUGUAUUGAUGAGGGAAUGCGGUUGCACUCUACUUCUGCUAUUGGACUUCCUCGGCUCGUCACUGAUAACGGGUCUGGAGUGGAGUUUGAUGGACAUUACUUUCCACCGGGAACAGUUCUUUCGGUUCCCUCAUACACGAUUCAUCACAUGGCUGAAAUUUGGGGAGAUGAUGUGGAAGAGUUCAAGCCGGAUCGCUGGUUAGAUCUGACAGCCAGACAAAAGAUCGCGUUUAACCCGUUCUCUUAUGGACCCCGUGCGUGUGUUGGGCAGAAUGUUGCAAUUAUGGAGUUGCAGUUGAUCAUUGGAACAUUGUUCCAUCGGUAUGAGUUUGCUCUGUACCAAGAGAAGAUGGAGUCUCACGAAGGAUUUUCGAAGAAACCAAAGGAAUGUUUUGCUGGUAUUAGAUUGAGAGAUCAGGAAUAG